AUGCCUGGGCAAAUUCCAAGCAUCGCAGUUCAGGAUCUGCCAAUCCUCGAGCCAGGGGAGGAUGGUGCGAAGCAGGAGUUGCAACGCGAAUCAGAGAGACAAGCAUGGUUUCAAAAUGAAUCUAAUGUCCAUCUGAAUAUACCGAAUGGGUACGAAAAAGUCGCAGUCUUGAUAAUCCGGUGGGAUGAUAGCAUCGACGAGUUUAAAGGCCACGAAGAGGAGGUAAGUAUCGCACAACUGCAAUCUAUCUUUAAAACCCGGUUCCACUAUCAAUGCAACGUCGUCAAGAUAAAGAACUGCAAGAAGCCUCAGAUCGAGCUGAACUUCGCGAUACUGCAGCACAUCCAUGAGCAUGAUGGGCCCAACAAUCUACUAAUCUUUGUGGUGGUACUCAUCCUGGAUAGAACGCAGACUUGGGUCGAGAGAAGAGACUCGUAUAUUCCCACGGCAUUAUGGAAUAAAGCGGAAGAACCUUUGCGUAACCUGGCGGAAGGCGACGCUUUGUCUAUUCUCGACUGUUGUUUCGCAAGCACUGCUGCAUUCAAAAGUCGAGCUGAAGAGUUCCGCACCUAUCAAUUACUGGCAGCAUCCUCUGCAGGCAGCCCAACCAGUGGACCAGGGGAGUUGUCAUUUACGACUGCCCUAAGCAAGUCUCUGGUAGAGCUGCUCGAAGAAUCCCAGGGCGCGAACUUCCCAGUGACAAAACUUUGGGAAAGCAUCAACAAGAAGAGAACAGACCAAGCUUCGCUCAUUUGGGACCGACUCCAGAAGUACAAGCGCAGUGUCCAGCUGGCUCCUCUGGAUCCGACUCGAAAGCAAGAUGCAUCCUUCCAGAACAAAGAGCCAGAGAAAGCGUCUCUAGUGCUCCGACUUUCGCUCAAGGUUGACGACCUGACGAAGCCGCAGAUCGAAAGGCUCGCCGCGCAGCUUCCCCGGGCAUGUCAGGAGGCUCAAAUCCCGGUUCGUCGGAUUGAUUGGGUUAAACUAGAGACGGUCAAACGCGAUUAUGGGGCCUUCUUGGGAGCUGCGAGGACUGUGAGGGUUGCGCAAAAGAUGCGCGAGGCGCUGAGGCGGAACAGCGUCUCCAGGGGAAGAAAUGAUGAGAGUCCCGAUGCCUCUCGCGGCAGAAAGCGCACUCGCUCGCGCGUGGGCUCGACUUCGCCUUCAAAGCGGCAACAGUGCGAAAGCACUUCGACAUCGGACGGGUUCUCAAGAGCUAGCGCAACACCGGCCUCUUCAUACAGCAUGGGCGCGGUGGAGAGUCUUGUGUCCUCCAAUGACUGAUACCGUGCCCUCUCACAACCGGCUAUUCCGAAGAGGAUCCUAGAAAAGACUCUGGAAGGAAAACUGUGCUUCUUAUGCUCCAGCUCAUCAGGGAGGUGGAGGAAAUCCUGUGUGGUGAGCCGCUCGAGGGAUAUACAUAUGGCAAGCAAGUCGCUGAUGUGUACAUCCCGCCUGUUCAUCCUCCACAGCCAGCUCAAGCCCCCAAUACAUGUACGAUAGAUUCAGAGAGGCGCCCCCAGAAGCACCACGCUGAAUAUUUUGAGUGAUUUGAGGGCUGCAAAGUCUCGCAAGUUGCCUAGGGCCCGAAACCGAGGGUCAUCGUUGGGGUCGCCCGAACGUAUGUCUUCUUCAACGACUAACGAGAGCGUCUCUAACGAGCUUUUGUACAGUAAUAGCGC